AUGUCCGACGAUGAAGCCCACAACCAGACCUUUGAGCAUGCGAACGCUGGGGCCUCGUUGACUUUCCCUAUGCAGUGCUCUGCCCUUCGCAAGAACGGGCAUGUCGUGAUUAAGGGUUAUUUGUUAUCGCUCCCCAUCGGCAAGUCUUUUCAUACAUUUCCAGGCCGUCCUUGCAAGAUAGUCGACAUGUCCACCUCCAAGACCGGCAAGCACGGCCACGCGAAGGUCCAUCUGGUUGCUAUCGACAUUUUCACCGGCAAGAAACUUGAAGAUAUCUCGCCUUCGACUCACAACAUGGACGUCCCUAAUGUUCAGCGUAAUGAGUUCACUCUCGUCAACGUCGACGACGGCUUCCUCAAUCUUAUGACUUCCGAUGGAGCCUCCAAAGACGAUGUCAAGGUUCCUGAGGGUGAUCUUGGUAAGCAGAUCCAGGACGAAUUCGACAGUGGCAAGGACUUGCUUGUCACUAUUGUGAGUGCUAUGGGCGAAGAGCAGGCUAUCUCCUUCAAGGAGGCACCCAAGGGUUCCUCUUGA